AGUGUCGCUCAGGUUGCGGCGCGCGGUGGUCGUGCGUCGAGCGCGCGUGAAGUGAUGUCUGCGAGAUGAGGCUGUCCGUGGUGUUACUGUGGCUGGGCGCGGCGGCGGCGUGCGGCCCCAGCCGCGGCUCCAACUACCGCCACCCCGCGAAGCGCAUCUACCCGCUCGUGUUCAGGCAACACGAGCCUAACUACAGUGAGAUCAACAAAUCCGCUAGUGGCCCCCCCGAGGGCCGCAUCACCAGAGACGACGACAAGUUCAAAGACUUGGUGCCUAAUUAUAAUCCGGACAUCGAUUUCAAAGAUGACGAAGGAACCGGUGCCGACCGCCUCAUGACCCAGAGAUGCAAAGAGAAGCUGAAUACGUUGGCCAUCAGCGUGAUGAAUCAAUGGCCCGGUGUUCAUCUUCGGGUCAUCGAGGGCUGGGACGAAGAAAACUCUCAUGGGGACAACUCGUUACAUUACGAGGGCCGUGCGGUCGAUAUUACAACAAGCGACCGAGACACCAGCAAAGUGGGUAUGCUGGCGCGGCUCGCGUAUCAAGCCGGCUUCGACUGGGUCUACUAUCGGAGCCGCUCUUACAUACACUGCUCUGUCAAAACAGAGUCAUCGGUUGGUACUGGCGCCGGAUGUUUCCCUUCUGGCGCUCUUGUGCACACAGAAAAUGGCCCACAGGAUAUUGCCACUAUCAAGAAAGGAGAUAGAGUCCUAGCUUCUGAUGAUACGGGCAAGCUUGUAUAUUCAGAGGUAUUAACGUUCCUCGAUCGAGAACCGAACACAACUCGGGAGUUCAUCCAAGUGACAGCAGAAAAUGGAGUAACAAUCACAGCGACGCCGUCACAUCUGUUGCUGCUGGCAGCGGCGGACGGUUGGCGGGAGGUGUUCGCGGCGAACGUGGACAUUGGUGACGUGUUACUCACCAGAGGACCGGGCAGUGUCAUGCGUCCCUCACGCGUCAUCCACACACGUGUAGUCAUGAAACGUGGCGUGUACGCACCCAUGACUAAGUCCGGUACCAUUAUUGUAGACGAUGCCUUAGCCUCGUGCUACGCCAUUGUGCGGAGUCAGUCUCUUGCACACGCAGCUAUGGCGCCUCUAAGGUGGAUGUCGUCGUGGAGCUCCGAAGAAGAAUCUCGUGGCGUGCACUGGUAUGCCAGCGCCAUGUACUCCUUGGGUGACCUCGUACUACCCACAUCGUACAAAUACCGUUAAAUAAGUGAAUGGAUUAUAAAUCGCGCGCGGGACGUGCACAGUAUGGACGUGUAUAUAACAGUAUGUGUAAAUAAUAUUGCGAACCGACCGAUGAACUAUAUGGAUUCCGUGAAUUGCGUGGACAACGAUUCACCUACUUAUAAAAACCCAGAAAUUAUUUAUUAAGUAGUUAUAAGACCAUAUUUGCAAAUUUUGCACAUUAUUUAGUUAAAGUAUGAAUAUUUGUAAAUUGUGUCGGUAUUGUUAUUCUGCACAAUGCAGAAAUACUUAAAUGUAUGCGCUUAUGUUUUUUAAGUAACUGUAUAAAAAGGUAUUUAUAGGUAUUAGCUAAUCCGAAUGGUUUUUAGUCUGAAGAGCUUCCCUAAGUGUAACAGUAUUCUCUCCAUUCGUUCCUCUCCAAUAAACUGAGUGUAACUAGAGUUCUAGACAUUCCGUUUUAUUUCUAUGAUCUUAUUUACUAUCGUAAGCAUUAGAAUUCAUGAAAUUGUGAUCAUGGUACCUUAAACUGUGCCUUAAGAUUUUAUUUAUUAUUAUUCAUAAGCUAGGUAUCUAUUUAAAUAAUGACGCAAAUGUUUAAAUUUAACACAUAGAAGGUAUAUAAUGCAUUUAUAGACUGCUGUACUUUAUCUUUCAACGUUAGCUACUGUAUGGUAAUUUUCCUUUACAAAUCUAUUCGCUAUUUACUUUUAACUAAUUAAAUAUUCUUUAUAAGUAAAAUUUCCUUUUGCAUGAAUGUUACUCCUUUGUGCGUGUUUAGUGAGUGUACUUAAACAAUAAUUAAUAAUAAUAUAGAAUUGAAUUAUCUGAUACAGUGAGUAAUUUAAGAUCGUUCGACAUCUCAAAGAUCGUGAAUAAUUUAUUUUUGCGUCCAGCUGUACUGGGACGGAGAUCACUUCGGAGAUCGUGUACUGAUGCAUGGGUUCCUAUAGUAUGAUUUUAGUGGAUCGAGGUAUAGUGAUUGGAAGUAAACUCUUUUAAUUGGUUUUUUAAUAUCAUCGAUUUAAUGGAUUUUUUAUUAUAUUUGAUCAAUUUUGAUCAAAUGUAAUAAAAAAAAUCUAUUACGGAAUACAUUGUUAUUGAAAAAUUCUUCAAAAAUUCACUUUGUUUCUGGGAUGGGACCGUCCCAUCCCAGUGACAGCUCAGAAUGCCAGGGACAAAGUGGAUUUUUUAAUAAGAAGAUUUUUUUAUUUCCCAGCAAUAUAACAAAUAACGAAUAAAUAUGUGAAUAACGAAAAUUCAUAGACAAUUAGGUAACGCUUUGAAAACUAGUUCAACGAAAUCUAUUUUGUACAAUUACUUUUUAUUAACUUGACUUUUUGUCACGAGAAAGUAUUUAAAUUGUAUUAAUAAAAUAUAUUUAAUAUAGAUGUGCCUAUUGGAAAGCUUUAACUUACCUAACGUUUUGACAACGCAUUUUGCCAUAAAUAUUGCCAUAUUGUAUUUUUAAAAUGGGACAUAGAGCUUUUAGCUCAUUUUUGUGAACAUUAACAAAGCACUGUACUGAAUAAAUUCAUGUAAUUUCAUUCAAAUAAUAUUAAGUAGACGUUUCGGCAUAAAAUGUACUUAUGUAUUAAAACUACUUCAUACAAAAUAAGUCUGUCGAAAAAUAAUCUACAACAUCGAAACUUUCUUUUGUAAUAUUGUUCAUUAUUAAUGACUUUAGGUACUUAGUAUUUUCAGAAACAGUAUUUAUAGUAUUAAAAGCUUUUCUAAAAAAAAGAUUGUUGUAUUCUUUUUUGAUAGACGACUUUUGGUGAAAUCAAUCCAUCGUGUAAAUUAAUACAAUAUGUAAUUAUUGUGCUUUUAUAUUAUUUAUUUAUUGAUGUUAUUUUUGUAUUGAUAAAAAGUCGCUUUGU